AUGUAUGCGUCGGACGGCCACUACUCGGCGGCAAGCAUUGCCACGCAGGCCGUCGCCGCCUCGUCCAACGGCAUGCACAACAAGGGCACCGAGGAGGUAUUCACCUCGAUCAGUGCUUUCAUCUCCCGCGCCAUGGCCUCGACCGCCGAGUAUCCCACAUCGCCUCUGCAGCAGUUCGGUUUCGCCAUCAUCGUCUUCUUCCCUGUUCUCGCCUUCAUUAUCGUUAUGCUCCGUGUCUAUAGCCGUGUCAGCACCAAGCAAUUUGGGAUUGACGAUACCCUGAUCAUCAUCGCCAUGAUCCUGUCUAUUGGCGAAACGGCCUCGACCUGGAUGUUUAUGAAGACCAACUUUAUUGCCAUUCACAUCUGGGACGUUCCCCGCGAGUACGACGUCGUCCAGGCCCUGAUCUGGAAUUUCGCUGUACAGGUGCUCUACAACCCAAUUCUAGCGCUCGUCAAGACGUCGAUGCUCUUGUUCCUGCUGAAGCUCGGCAGCCAGAAGCCCGGCGUCCGCAUCUGCAUCCACAUCCUCAACGCGCUCAACCUGAUGCUCAUGGUCGCUAUUUUCAUCGUCGUCAUCUUCCAGUGCACACCCAUCCGCUUCAACUGGGACACAACCAUUGUCGGCGGCCACUGUAUAAACCAGGGCGUCUUUUACCUGGCCACCGCCGCCUUGACCAUCUUUACCGAUGUGCUCAACUUGGCCCUGCCCUUUUGGGUUUUCCUUGACCUGAAGAUGCCGGUCCGCGUCAAGAUCGCUCUCCUCUUUGUCUUCCUCCUGGGCGGCAUCGUCACGGUGGUCGGUAUUGUCCGUCUGGUUUUCAUUUACGACGGCUUCUUUACCGCCCCGGGCCCCGAUCCGACGUACUCGCUCGGCUUCUGCACGUCUGCCAUUGAGACCAACCUGGCUAUUAUUUGCGCUUCGGCGCCCUCGCUGCGCGGCCUCGUCCGCUCCUGGUUCCCCCGCUUCUUCUCAUCCAACCGUCCCGCGUACGACUACCGCUAUCCGGACAGCAACGGCUACGGCGGCGGCCGGCGCGGUACCAACAACAACAACCCCUACGGCACCAGCAGUGUCACGACCAACAUUGCCGCCCGCCGCAACAAGGAGAACGGCAUUGGCCCCGACAACGGGCCCAGCACCGACGGCCUGGGUGCGAAUGCGGCUGGCGCCAGCCGCCGGGGGGUCGGCGGCACGUUUGCGCUGCGCGAUCUCAAGGGCGGCUCCAAGACGCACACGGCGGUCAACAGCUCGCCCAGCGCCAGCGAGGAGGAGAUUAUGACGUACAACGGCAUUGUGCGCACGACCAAUGUGCAGGUGCACUACGACGGCAGCAGCGAGCGCAAGGGCAGCACGAACCGCGACCGCAGCGGCGAUCGGGGCAGCAGCAUGGGCAUGCGCACAAGCAUCAGUGGGAGUUUGUAA